AUGUCUGGGCAGUUUCGAGCCAAAAAGGAACCAUUGUUUGGUGCAGUGGACGACGAACUCUAUAAAUGGCUGGAAGUCAUCUACUUGCAAUACAUUUCAGGUUGGUACCCCAAUGUGUCGCCGAAUGGCCAUUUCGACCAGGACCUUGCUGAUUUGCUAGUCAAGGCAGUUUCGGGAUUGAAGGAGCGAGGCAAAUUCUUGGACAAAUUUCAAAUGGUCAAGGAACUGACCACGAUUCUGGACCACCACAUCAGGGACGUUGAGUUUGUGCUGAACAGAUCGAGAGUUAGUUCCGAACAGAUCCAGACGUACCUUGCGAUGAACUCGCACCCGGGAAUGGUUGACGGGCAAUUAAAACGAGAGUACCUGGAUAUACUGGCUACCCGACAUGUCAAUGGGAUGUUUAGAGACCUUCCAGAGGGAAUUCGGGCGCUGUUAAUUGGAUUGUUUGGGUUUGUGCUUUGGCAGGUAGUCGACCUUUUGAGCAACUCGUGGACUCUUUAUCACCUGUUCAUUUCGGUUCGGAAGAAUUGUGCAGAAAAUAGCAAAAACGAUACCCCCAAGAAGAAAACUGAGCCGCACGGCCCGAUAUACCCAGAUCUGGAUGCCAACAUUACGACAUUUUUAGUGCAUCGGGGGCACCCGUUGGUCAAGCUCGUUUACGACUCUCUUUGGUGGUUCCACGAAGGCAUCAACGCACGCGUGAAUGCUCUUGUGUUCAGAAGCUUGGAAUCUGUUGACCAGACCCGGGUUGCUAAGCUGUUAUGUCGUCUACGAAACAAGGUGUUUCCUAACGGCAAGCUGGUGCAUUCUCAGCCACGUCCAUCGCUACCGGAGCAAACGGAGCUUGAGAUUGAGGCCCAAUCCGCAGUCAGCUUUUUCGGAAUGCCCCUGUUGUCUAUGAAAACGCUACAGCACAAGGCUAUUAACCAAAGACUAUUGCUCUUCCUGCUAGAUUACUUAACCACCACUGUCUGGCCACUCGACGAUGUACGAAGCACCUGGAGUGUUUUCCUUCGAACCCCUGGAGAACCAAACGCUGUCUGA